AUGCUCGAAUACAUCAGCUACAAAAAGUACAAGAAGUACAAGACAGAUAAGGACGCCAAGGACGCAGUGGCCGCAGAGCAUGAGCAUGAGCAUCAAAACCAGAGCAGCUCGAGGCCAUCGGCCUCCCGCACCAACUCUCGCUCACAGCUGGCGCAGGAGCCUGGUCCCAUUCUCGACAAGGACGACGAGGCCUUCUUUGCUUCCAUUCUGAACUCGGACGAAUACGACGGCCCGGCACCGCCUCUACCGCCACGCACCGCCAGCACGUCCGAUAUGAACUGGGACUCCUCCGACGAGUCGACCAUUCGCGGCAUCCAGAACGCCAAGGCGGCGCCGGCAGCGCUGCCGACCAAAGAGAAGGAGAAGGAGAAGAAGUCGCACAACCCCAUCUCCUUCCUGCUCCACCGCAAGGACAAAGACAAGGACAAGCAGCUGGCCGUCGUCGAGCCGAAGAAGGUCGACCCGUCCGAGGAGGCCCGCGAGCGCGACGACCUCUCCCGCGUCCUCGACGACCUCAACCUCGGCGCCCAGAACAACAAGGCCUUUGCCCUGUCGGCCGAGUCGAACGAGCUCGUCCGCAAGUUCACCCUCGUGCUGAAGGACCUCGUCAACGGCGUGCCCACGGCCGUCGACGACCUCAAGGCCCUCGUCGACGACCGCGACGGCACCCUCAAGAAGAACUACGACAAGCUCCCCAGCAGCAUGAAGAAGCUCGUCGCCGGCCUCCCCGACAAGGUCACCAAGCAGAUGGGGCCCGAGAUGAUGGCCGCCGCCGCCGAGAGCCAGGGCAUCAAGCGCGACCCCAAGGCCGACAGCGCGGACAUGAAGAGCGCCGCCAAGAGCCUGCUCAUGCCCAAGAGCCUCAACGACCUCGUCAGCAAGCCCGGCGCCAUCAUCGGCAUGCUCAAGGCCAUUGUCAACUUUUUGAAGCUGCGCUGGCCCGCCUUUAUCGGCCUCAACGUUGUCUGGAGCGUGCCAUUUUCCACGAGUGCUAACCUGCAAUCAGUCCCUCCUUCUCGUGCUCUGGUACUGCCACAAGGCGCGGGCCGCGGAGGUUCCGCCUUGAGCGCGAGAACUCCGGAGCGCAACGGCCCCCCCCCAUCGACGGUGCCGCCCGCGUCGAGGAGCUGCCCGACGACCCCAUGCUGCCGGCCCCCGUGUCGCGUGCCUCGUCCUACCGCAGCUCCAGCAGCCGCAGCCACCACCGCGACCGCGAGAGCCACGGCCACGGCCGCCGGUCGCGCGACUCGCGCAGCGGCAGGGAGUCGAGGAGCGGGCGCGUGUCGCCGCUGA